AAAGGGAAGACGCGCGAGAAUGGCAGUUGGACCCAGCCUGCCGACGAGCGCUCCGCCCUCUGCCCUGCUCCGCCCAACGCCAAUGAAAAGCGCCUCUAAGGCAAUCGAUGGCCGGGAGAACCAAUCCCACAACUCCAGGGCUGAGUGCUUGUAGAGCGGCGAGGCGGGCCCGGGGGUUUCGGCUGCUCGGGCUGCGGGAGCCCCUCCGCGCCCUUCGCGUGCCUUCCAUUGAAAAGCAGAAACUGACGGUUGCUUAAACCAAUCAGUCUCAGAAACUUUCCCGAGGACUCGUCCAAUCGGAAAGUAGAAGGGCAGCUGUAUUCCUGGUGUUUGAAAAGGUUUAUCCAAUGAGGCCGAGCUGGAGAGGGCAUCCCCUCCGCGCCGGGGCCGGGCUCUGCCUCGCCCUGUUCUUCCUUAUUGAGAUGGGCUCAGCCAAGAGCGUCCCAGUCACUCCAGUGGGGCCUCCGCUGCGCAACAAGCAUCUGGCCCGAGUAGCUGACCCGCGUUCACCCAGCGCCGGCAUCCUGCGCACUCCCAUCCAGGUGGAGAGCUCUCCACAGCCAAAUCCCCGCGUAGAGGAGCAACUGGAGAAUCCAAAUCAGGCCCUGGAUUCUGAUCCCCGCUCUCCUACCCUUGGCAUUGCACGUACACCUAUGAAGACCAGCAGCGGUGAGCCCCCAAACCCACUGAUGAAACAGCUGAGUGAAGUAUUUGAGAAUGGAGCCUCCAAAUUUAACCCUACCGUAGAACCUGCUGUGCCCAUGGAGACACCUACAUCUUCUGGAUUGGACUUGCCUCUGGGCAACCAGUUUUCCCUUGAGAACCAGAUGUCACCUUGGAGCGAGACUGAGCCCUCCAAGCAGGAAGGCAAGGAGGAAACAGGACUGCCCACAGAUACCUCAGUGGCCAACCAGGGCUCAGAUAAGUCCUUCAGAGAACCUGAGACACCCAGAUCUUCAGGUUCUAAGUACGGUAGACGGAAACCAAAAGGCAAGGUACUGGGGAGAUCUCCCCUCAGCAUCCUGCAGGAUGACAACUCCCCCGGAACCCUGACGUCACGACAGGGUAAACGGCCUUCACCCCUGAGUGAAAAUGUUCGAGAUCUAAAGGAAGGGACUUUUUUGGGAAUAGGACGUCCGAAAACGGGAGGACGAGCGUGGGAGCAAAGACAGGAACAUGACAAGGAAAAUCAGCACUUCCCUGUGGUGGAGAACUAGCCCCGGGGGCUGCCACUGAGCCUAGAGAUAUUUGCUGCCCUCUCAGCCCUUCUUUCCCUGGGAGACUGGAAAAGCUCGAUUUCUUCAACUCCCCCUCAACUACCAACUAUGAGAGUUUUAUUGAGCUUUUUUUGUGUCUUACGUGUUUCUUGUGUGUAUUAAAGGAAAUAAUUUCAAAUGAUUUUUUUUUUUUUUC